AUGAUGCUCGGCGAGCAACGCCGUCCGAAUCCUUCCGUCCACGUCCCGCCGUGGACUGCAAUCGACGACCACAGCCCGGAUCCGUACAGUCCGUACUCCGGCGGCGGCGGGGGCAAUGUCGUCUCCUCCCCUGCCUCCGAUCACUACAGCCCCUUCUACAUCCAGGAAGCUCUGUCCGCGCUGCAGCGAUUCCUCCCCUCCAACGAUCCAGACAUGGACCCUGAUUUCGACAUCCCCGGACUGGACCACGACUCCCCAAUCGACGCCUACUCCUGCGACCACUUCCGGAUGUACGAGUUCAAGGUCCGGCGCUGCGCGCGCGGCCGCUCCCACGACUGGACGGAGUGCCCGUACGCCCACCCGGGGGAGAAGGCGCGCAGGAGGGAUCCGAGGAAGUACCAUUACUCCGGCACCGCGUGCCCCGAGUUUCGAAAGGGCAACUGCAAGAAGGGCGACGGCUGCGAGUUCGCCCACGGGGUGUUCGAGUGCUGGCUCCAUCCGGCCCGCUACCGCACGCAGCCGUGCAAGGACGGGACCAAUUGCAGGAGGCGGGUCUGCUUCUUCGCUCACACGCCGGAGCAGCUCCGGGUGCUGCCUCAGAGCCCGAGGAGCGUCAAUUCGGGUGAAUCGUACGAUGGGUCGCCGUUUCGGCAGGCGAUUGAGGCUUCCUGUGCUCGGACUCUGCCCUUUGUGACCUCGCCGGGCUCUGUUUCGCCGCCCGAGACCGACUCCCCGCCGAUGUCUCCGAUGCUGAGUCGCUCGCUGGGUUCCAACUCGAUCAACGAGAUGGUGGCGUCGCUCAGGAACUUGCAGCUCGGUAAGGUGAAAUCCCCGACUUCUACUUGGAUGGGCGGCGGCGGCGGAGGAGGCGGAUCUGGGUACGGGUCUCCGCGAGCCGGGUCGAUCCUCCGACCCGGGUUCUGCAGCGUGCCGACGACUCCGACCCCCACAACGCCGAGCGGGCUCGGCUACUCUGCUGAUUUCUGGGACAAAGUGUGCGAGGAGGAGCCGGCGAUGGAGAGGGUGGAGUCCGGGAGGGAUAUCAGGGCGAGGAUGUUCGAGAAGCUGAGCAAGGAGAACAUGCUGGAGCGGGGCGACCCGAGUCCGGGACCGGCUGUCGGAGGUCCGGACGUGGAUUGGAUUUCGGAGCUGGUUCAGUGA